UGUUCGAAUACAAAAUUAAAUAUUCCGUAGUUAUUAUUUUUUUUUGAAGGAAUUAAUUAUCGUUUUAAGAAAUUUCCAAGUUUUGCCGAGUAAGAAAAGAGUUUUUGUUGUGUUCCAUCCAAUCACAUUCAUUCCAGAUAUUACUCACUGUUUUAAAAAGCAGUGUCACGUUGCUGUGUAUAAUGUUCUGGCGCGCAUGCAAUGUAGCAGUGUUUCUUCCUUUCUUAUACAUCUGUGGAAAACUCUCACUAGAAAUUUUGUAAUAUUGGGUAGUGAGAUCCAUGAAUGGGUAAUUUUAUCAAAAAAUUUCGUUCCAUCUCUUGAUUGUAUUGUAAGCAACAUAGCUAGAGUUAUGCUUAGUUUCUAAAGAAUUCUUCUGCUAUAUGAAUAGAUAUAUGAACUAGGUUGGAACUGGGACAGUUUGGAACUUCUAGCACAGGGGUCUCUGUCUGGCCAUCUUCUAGAGUGUAGUUGUCAACUUACAGGGGGAUACUUCAUGCAUCCAGGUGACUUGUGAACUUAGUUUGAUCGACCUAAAAAUAUGGAUAGUUGCAAGGUUCUUUGUGCUGGAGCAAAAUCCUCCACUGGUUUGGUUCCCGAAAAGCUCCUGCAGUUGAUUCCAAAGCGAUUCUGGGAAUUUGUGGAUCAUUCACGUUUACAAUAUUACUGUUAAUGCUAGUGGGUAUUUGUCAGGACAGUCGUACUAAAACCUUCAUCAGUUGUGCUUGUGCAUAGCAAUUUUGAAUAGAAGUUUAUUGAGUUAGCUAAUGGAAUCAGCUUCUUUAGGGGGAGUAUCAGUAAAUAUGGAAACCCAUGUCAAAGAUGAGAUUCACAACUGUGUGAUUAAGCUGAGAGAAAAUCCCUUGAAACGAAGGGACAAGGUGUACAUUGGCUGCGGAGCUGGCUUUGGAGGUGACAGGAUUUUGGGCGCUCUUAAGUUGCUUCAAAGAGUUGAAGAACUGAAUUAUCUUGUACUUGAAUGCCUAGCGGAGCGCACCCUUGCUGAUCGGUAUCAGGUUAUGGUGUCAGGAGGUGAUGGUUACGAUUCCAGGAUUUCCGAGUGGAUGCAUGUGCUUUUACCUAUAGCUAUGGAAAGAGGAGUUUGCAUAAUCACAAACAUGGGUGCAAUGGAUCCAUGUGGUGCUCAGGAGAAAGUUGUAGAAAUAGCCAGCAGCCUGGGACUGAACGUAUCUGUGGGUGUUGCUUAUGAGGUUUUUGUCAGCAAAACAGGGUCAGGAUCACCUCAUGAAAAAUCACAUAACAUGGAAGGUGGUAUUAGCACAUAUCUUGGAGCAGCUCCCAUUGUUGAAUGUUUGGAAAAGCACCAGCCUAAUGUAGUAAUAACUUCCCGUGUUGCAGAUGCUGCCCUAUUUUUGGCGCCAAUGAUAUAUGAACUAGGUUGGAACUGGGACAGUUUAGAACUACUAGCGCAGGGGUCUCUGGCUGGCCAUCUUCUAGAGUGUGGUUGUCAACUUACUGGGGGAUACUUCAUGCAUCCAGGGGACAAACGACGGGACAUGUCUUUGUCUCAACUCCUUGAUUUGUCACAUCCUUAUGCUGAAAUAAGUUCUGAUGGAAGAGUAUGUGUGGCAAAGGCAGAACAUAGUGGUGGGGUCUUAAAUUUCAGCACUUGUGCUCAACAACUUCUAUACGAAAUUGGGGAUCCCAGCUCUUAUGUCACCCCUGAUGUGAUUAUUGAUCUUCAAAAUGUUUCAUUCUCUCCCUUAUCUAGUUGCAAGGUUCUUUGUGCUGGAGCAGAAUCCUCUGCUGGUUUGGUUCCUGAAAAGCUCCUGCAGUUGAUUCCAAAGGACUGUGGUUGGAAAGGAUGGGGUGAGAUAUCUUAUGGAGGAUAUGAGUGUGUUAAACGUGCAGAGGCUGCAGAGUUUCUGGUCAGAUCUUGGUUAGAAGAAAUAUUGCCUGGCAUCAGCAGUUCUGUAUUUUCUUAUAUAAUUGGCUUAGAUAGUCUGAAAGCAACUAGCAUUGAUGAUGAGACUUCAUCUUUAGCGGCUCGUAAUGAUGUAAGAUUGCGUAUGGAUGGAUUAUUUGAGCUGAAAGAACAUGCUAUCCUAUUUACUAGAGAGUUUACAGCAUUAUAUACGAAUGGACCAGCUGGGGGUGGUGGUAUCAGUGUUGGACACAAGAGAGAGGUCAUUCUUGAAAAACAAUUGGUCGAUCGUGAACAUGUUUCUUGGAGGACAUCAGUAAAGCGCACUGUAGAAAUGAAAUCAAAUCAUUCAAAAGUUAGCUGUGAAAACCAUAUAAAAACUCCUGUUUUUCAUGGAUCCAUAGCAGAUGUUUCACUUUCUGAAAGUGACAUCUCUCCUGCUCCCUCAGGCCAAAAAAUUCCACUCUAUGACAUAGCACAUAGCAGGGCCGGAGACAAAGGGAAUGACUUGAACUUUUCCAUUAUCCCACAUUUCCCUUCUGAUAUUGAGAGAUUGAAGUUAAUCAUAACUGCUGAGUGGGUUAAGGGUGUAGUCUCGGCUCUCCAAAACUACCCUUCUUAUCUAAAUUUGGAUUCGGAUGCCAUUAACAAGAGAAAAAAGUGGCAGGAUGAACAUUUUAAGGUGGAAGUUUAUGAAGUAAAAGGAAUUCAUUCUUUGAAUGUUGUGGUUCGGAACAUACUAGAUGGCGGCGUCAACUGUUCUAGAAGAAUUGAUCGUCAUGGAAAGACCAUCUCGGAUCUGAUAUUAUGCCAGCAAGUAGUGCUGCCUCCUUGAUGAGGUUGUUCCAAGUUUUUAUUUUGUAAUAACCUUUUGUACAAUCAAAUUAAUUUUAAUAAUGUGUAUUACAACAAAUGAUCUUAGCUGAUUCUCCAAUAUACUGCUAGGUAAGGUAGAGAUAUCAACCAUAUUCAUCUUUGUUAUGUAACUUUGUACGAGGUAUAUGCAUAUGAAUCUAUAUAAAGUUUUUAUAGAUAUUAUUUACGUA